CAUCAUGUCGGAUGUCGCGCUGAAAAUCCAAGGCAUGGAAGAAGUGCUUAAGAAGCUUGUGAUUCUAGUGGACACUCAUGCGUCUUCUGGCAGGCGCCCAUCCAAACCGCGCAAGCGACGUCAAUCGUACUGGACUGAGAUCCGGUCCAUGAUCAGUGAGCUGGCAACAAGUGUCCAAAAUCUCAAAGAAAAGGUGGAAGGCUCAGUCAUUGCUACGAGUCAGAACGGAAUUGCCGGGGCUGGUGACCACAACGCUACUCUGGAAGCUCGACUACCCACAUCAGCUCAAUCGCCACAUGAAAGGCUGCAAGUAGACCAGAACCCUUCAGACACUCAACAGGGGCCUCAAAAUGGUGAAUCGAUUGCGGUAGAUCCCAGCGCUAAGGCCGACCAUCAGACAAAGUCUACAUCACAGCUUAGCGAGUCGGCCACGGACGAGAAUCACGCGCACUUGACUAUUCCUGAUCAUUUUCGCGCCGGCCUUACCACUGCUGACCAAAGCGCCGAAGUUUCAUGGCCCAGAGAAGAUGCUGCAGCGAGUGUGGCAGUCCCACAUUGUUCACGCCCUCCCGUUACCUCUACUCCUUCUCAGCCCGACUACUCUACGCCCGCCCUUUCUCAAACUCCUCGCAAUUAUGACAUCACUAUCCCUCACCGCAAGGAGCACGGCGUCAUUGUGUUGAUGCCCUUAAACAUGGAUCAGUGUCGCGAUACGCCGUUUCUUUUCUCUCAGGCCGAGGCACUGGGGGCGCGCGAAACGGGAGUCUUUAAGUACGUACUACCCGACGAUUUUGAACCAGGUACACACGCUGUAUCUAGCAUUACGACGCGCAUAUCUAGUUUCGAGUCUCGUCUCGGGCCGGACAACAUCUUUCGUAUUUCGCGGACUGAGGAUCCCGGAACGUUGCAUAUCAGCAAUGCCACUUUCGCACCUAUGGAGCCCGACGAACUCGCCGAGAUGGUGGAACGUCGCCUUACCGAUCCUGAGGCGAUGAGCAAGAUACGAUACUGUACGGAUCUGCCGGCUCGGACUGCCGAAGAUCGGCGACUGCUGAGUUUACCGGCAGAGUCCCCCAUCUGGCCUCUGAAGGACAAUCUGUUGGAUCGCACCAAGUACAGCGUGCCCGGGCUCCAUUGGCCGUAUGGAUACGUAUCGAGUGAUGACGGAUCGCUCUUCGUCAUACAUCAUGAGGACGGGAACCUACCAUCUUUGAAUGCCCUACACUGUGGACGGGAGAAACUCUGGUAUGUGGUGGCUCGGAAAGAUGGCUCCCUCAUCGAAAACGAAGUGAAACAGGGGAAAUGUGCGCAGAAAGUACGUCACGCUUCCCGCUGGAUUCCGCGGUCCAAGCUCAAAGCCAUGGGUGCUUCCUUUGUCACCUUUGUCCAACGUACGCGAGAGGUGGUCGUGGUGUGGGGAGAUAGCUACCACCAAGGUGGUACCGUUGGCCCUACCGUUGCCGAGGCCGUCAACUAUGGCAGCCCCAACUGGAGCAUCGAAGGUUACUCCGCAUGUAGCCCAAAUUGCGACGGAUUCCCUAUUCCCAGUACCUUUUUGGAGUUCCGCGAUCCAAGUGAACCACAGCGCGAGCAAGAGGCUGAAAGUGCACCAGAAGCGCACGACUUACCGGUGUCUGGAAGACGUCAGCGUCAAGUUAGAAACGGUCCUAGUCAGGCCGGAGAAGCAGUGAAUAUAGGCCACUUAGUGGCUAGGAGCCUUCGGAAGAGGCGUAGAGACCAGUCACCCACGCGGAUGGCGAGUGGGAAAAGGUCUCGGAGUACGCAGAGUUCAGCCGACACGAUGAUGAUCGCUAAUCACAAUAUCUGGUAUGCUCCGAUCUCUCAAAUGGCGAAAGCCAUCUGCAGCAGAGCCGCCAUCAAGCAAUUUUUCGAGAUUGUCCGCGGUCGUCGGGAUCUUGAACCUACGGCGUUGCGAAUGUAUCCCGGGAAAGACGUGUCGCGAAGCCAUAAUCCGACUCAGAUGCUCCAGAAUGACAUAGCGGCUAUCAAUGUGUUCUCCAAAAAGGGCGCCUUUCACGACUUCCUUAUCCGACUAUAUCAAGCCCGUCUUGCUCAACAUGCCGAGGAGGUGAAGCGAAGCCGCGAAAAGGAAACUGGGCAAAGCCGCGAGAGGAUUCCGAAAGGCGGUAUUCAAAAGAUCCUUCAGGGUAGGGAAAUGGACCCACGUCAGUUCUACCACCAUCGAGAGAGGGGCGCGAAGUGGCGAACGUACUCCGAAAUGUUUCCCGGGAUUCUGGCCUUUCUCCUCUUUCAGACACAAGCAUUUGAGUUUUCUUCGACGGAUUGGGUCCUUCUCAAAGACACCGAUUUUGACUCUUUACGUCGUCACCUCGACACGAAACAGAUCUCUGCUCUCUGCUCUGCCGGGCAGAAGUUUGAGGCUUCACUCAACCUCACUGCGGACGACGUCGAGUUUGCUGGGGAGAGUGUGUCGCUGGAUAAGGUCUCAGUGGAAGAUCUAUUUUUCUAUUUGGAACCCGUUCCAACAAUCGACGAGAAUGAGUUCCUGGAGAAUGAGUACCCGAAUUGGCGGAGACCAAAGUAUUGGCCGGAGGACUAUCCUUGGCCGGUUGACCCUACAUAUAUCCCUCCCAGCGAAAGGCAGUGCGACUUAUGUGAUGAGAGCAAGUGCGACUGCGUCAAUCGUCGCCCUGAGAUACUGCCCCGUAUCCGAAUAUACCCGGACAAAGGUCGAGGUCUGCAAGCUGUUGCAAAGGAAGCCGGUCAUAUUGCCUAUCUCAAGGGUACACAUCUAGGGUAUUUGACAGGCAAAUUAGUGCCUCCCGAUACGUACAAAAACGGGAAGUGUUAUGCGAUGUUUAGGGAAGAUCUCGACGAGCACCCGGAGGUCGCCCAGAUCAACUGCGGUGAGAGAAGCAAUAUCUACGGUUAUAUGAAUCAUGACUGCGUACCAACAGCCAAACUCCAGGGUCAGAGGGUGUCAGGAAGGUAUCGGGUCUCCGUUGUCGCUACACGAGACGUUCGUGAUGCAGAAGAACUCACGAUCAAUUACGGCAAUGGGUUUUGGGGAGAAGGAAAACAGUGUCCCUGUCCAAAAUGUCAUGCACGUGCCAUAACUACGCCGGCGUAGUUAUGGCACGUGACACCUAAGGCUUACCGAUGAUUUACCGGAGCCCUUACUUCUAUUCUGUCACCAUAUUUGCAAGAAAGCUCUGGUCGAAAUGUAGGCCUGUUAGUCCAUAGAGAGUGCACUGUCUCAAUACUAUCACCGAGUACAAGGAUCUCUAUUGUGCUCUUCCCCGGAACGACAAAACUCGUGCCGAGUGCUCAGUGCUAUCGGCCCUGUCAACCAGACACCUGAUUGCGGUCGUGACGACUACAGGUUAGCAAGAGCUUAGAUUACGAGAG